CUGCAUGCAGCCUUUCUCUGCAAGUCGCAUCUGACAGCGGAAGCCCUCUGAGACCAGGACUGGGCUGCUGUAGUCUUCCCAGCGUUCUCUUGGAUCAGAUCAUCCUGGCUUGGGAUUUCAUUGGUUUUGCUUGGUUCAGAUUGCCCUGGUGCGGUCAGGACCGCUUUAGCAUCGGACUGGACUGAAUGUGGAUUAAUCCGGAUUGGUUUUGGGCUGGUUCCGAGACAUCAGGUCAAGCCGAGGCCAGUCAAGACUGGUUUAGGUACAUGUGGGAACCAGUUUAAAUGUCUCUGCAUGAGUUUCUACAGGAGGGCCAGGACGCCCCACAGCGGAUCCUGUCCCGACUGACCCAGCUCCUCUACAACCUAUCAGCUACGGUCUUACAGGGAGUCCCCUUCUCUCCUUUCACAACCUUCAACCGCAAGAGCUCCUGGAGGGACUGGAACGAUGAGAUUAUGCAGCAGGAGAGCAGUCUUCUGUGUGCUGCAGACAUCAGCCCAGACCUCAGGAAACAAUUUGCCUUCCUGUCAGGUGGCCGAGGACAGAAUGGCAGCCCCAUCAUUAUAUUCCCAGAGUACCCGGCAUUUGGUGAGCUGGAGGAACAGGAGUUUCACAACGUGCUGACAUACCUGACUAGCGUUCCCAGUCUCAGCUUGACGGGGGUCGGCUUCAUCCUGGUCAUUGACCGGCGGCAAGACAGAUGGGCAUCAGUGAAGGGGACGCUGCUGCGGAUCGCGGGCUCUUUCCCAGGCAACCUGCAGCUGGUGCUGGUACUGAGACCCACAGCACUCUUUCAGCGGACAAUCUCCGACAUCUUUUUUAAGUUAAACAAGGAUGAGUUUAAAAUGAAGGUGCCGGUGAUCAUGCUCAGCUCUGUGACUGAGCUCCACAGUUACAUCGACCGCACACAGCUCACUCAGGAACUGGGCGGCACACAGGAGUACUGCCAUGAGAAAUGGAUUUCACACCGCACCGCCAUUGAAGGUUUUGCUCUGAUGGUGAAGAAAACGGCACAGACUCUCCAGUCUUUUGGGACUGAGCUGGCGGAGACAGAGCUGCCCAAUGAUGUUGAGGCCACGUCCAACCUUCUAAGCCUCCACACGGAUAAGAAGGACAAAAUGAAGGAGGACUUGAGGAUCGCUCUCUGUCAGGGAUCACGUUUGCUGGAGAGCAUCAAUGAGCCGCUGUUGAAAGAUCCAGAUUACACCAUGAACCAGGAUGAACUGGAGAACCUGGCUACUGUUCAGAGGUUGCUUGGUCAGUUAGAUGAGACUGAAACAGCAUUUGAUGAUUUUUGGGAUAAGCACCAAACCAAGCUAGAGCAAUGUCUAGAUCUGCGGCAUUUUGAGCAGAACUUCAGGGAGGUCAGAGCUCAUUUAGACAUGGUGUAUGACAGACUAUCAGGCUUCUCAGAGGUUGGAAUUAGCCCUGCCCAUGUUGAACAUAUCUUGAAAGAGCUGACCAAUCAUGAAGAGAGAGCAUGUGAGGUGUUGGACCGAGCGCUGACUCUAGCAUGUGAUGCUGACCAGCUGAUUGAAGCGUCUCAUUACGCUGUGGACUCCAUCCUGCCCAAAUGCUCUGAGCUGCGGGCUGUGUGCGACGAGAUCAACAGCAUCCUCAAGGCCAAGAAAGCCUAUCUGCUCAAAGCCAUGGAGCUACACCAGUGUUUAGAGAAGGCCACUAAAUGGUGUGACGAUGGGAUCUACCUGCUGGCCUCUCAGCCUGUGGAUAAGUGUCAGUCACAGGAUGGGGCGGAGUCAGCACUGCAGGAGAUUGAGAAUUUCCUGGAAACACCCGACCAACACAAGCUGACAGAUUUGAGUGGAAUUUGGAGGGACUAUGAGUCGGUGCUCACACAAGACUUCAGGGAUCAGGUGGACAAAGUGUUUCAGAAGCAGCUGUCCAUACAGGAAAUGUUUGAGAAGAGAAGGGUCAGUCUGAAGAAGUUAGCAGCCAAACAGACACGACCCGUGCAGCCCGUCGCCCCACGUCCUGAAGCCAUCAUCAAAUCACCCAUUUGUCCUGAAGCUCAUAGGGAGAAGACGAUAGAGGGUGAUAUCAUCAAUGGAAACUGCAGAAAAGGAGAGAUAAAUUUACAGAAUGAUGGCAGCAGACACCCGUCUGUCUCUGAUGAAGAGGAGAACUUUGCUGUGCUUAGACGGCAUGUGAUGAACGAGCUGUUGGAGACGGAGCGAGCGUAUGUUGAGGAGCUGCUGUGUGUGCUGGAGGGUUAUGGAGCAGAAAUGGACAAUCCUGCUAUGGCUCACCUCAUCCCCAAUACACUGCUUCACAAGAAGGACGUCCUGUUUGGGAAUAUGCCUGAGAUAUACCAGUUCCACAAGAAGACUUUUCUUCGUGAACUAGAGGCGUACACAGACUAUCCUGAGCUUGUGGGCCGGUGUUUCUUGGAGCGAAUGACGGAUCUGCAGAUCUAUGAGAAGUACUGUCAGAACAAGCCUCGCUCCGAAUCUCUUUGGAGACAGUGCUCUGACUGCGCUUUCUUCCAGGAGUGUCAAAAGAAACUGGAACAUAAGCUUGGUUUGGACUCGUACCUGCUCAAACCAGUGCAGAGAAUAACCAAAUACCAGCUCUUACUGAAGGAACUGCUGAAGUACAGUAAAGGCUGUGAGGGUGAGGAUGACCUGCAGGAGGCGCUCUCAUCUAUUCUGGGCAUCCUGAAAGCUGUGAAUGACUCCAUGCACCUUAUCGCCAUCACUGGAUAUGAAGGCAACCUCAGUGACCUGGGGCGUCUGAUGAUGCAGGGGUCGUUCAGCGUGUGGACGGAGCAUAAGAAGGGUCACGCGAAGGUGAAAGACCUGGCUCGCUUCAAGCCCAUGCAGAGACACCUGUUCCUGCACGAGAAAGCUCUGCUCUUCUGUAAGAAACGAGAGGAGAACGGAGAGGGUUAUGAGAAAGCGCCUUCAUACAGCUUCAAACACUCGCUCAGUAUGACUGCUGUAGGUAUUACUGAAAAUGCAAAAGGAGACAACAAAAAGUUUGAGGUCUGGUGUAAUUCUCGAGAGGAGGUGUUCAUUGUACAGGCGCCGACACCAGAGAUCAAAACGUCAUGGGUGAACGAGAUCCGGAAGGUUCUAACGGGGCAGCUAAAGGCCUGCAGGGAAGCACGCCAGCAGAAGAGCUCAGAUCAGAUCUCACAGUUAACUCCCUCCAGCACCAGCCUAACCCUGAGCCCCUUCAAGACCACCCCAAGGACCCUCAAGAAAGGAGAGGAGAAGAAAACUGAACCCACAGCAGCAGAUCCCAGUACAGCCAUCUUACUUAAAAAUAAUGACAAGGUCAAAGACGAGACUGUCACCAGUCCCAACACUGAGAGAGCUGCAGUGGCUAAAAAGCGCUUUACACUGCAGGGCUUCAGUAACCUCAAGAGUCAAAAAGGAUCAUCCCCCCCUAGUCCUGACCACAAAACUAAAAGACAUGAGAUUAAGAGUGAUCCUACACCGUUUGGCUUCAGAGACGCAGGUCCUCACAUCACUCUUACCCGAGUGAGAUGGAUGAGCACUUCUAGUCUGUUGCAGACUAAAAGGAGAGGCUUCUCCAAGGCAUCGCUGUCUGUGGACGCGUCUGAGGAGAACGACGGUUACUCGAGUGCCGAGGAUCCCAUGAACUCUGAUCCUGAGGAUGAGGGAGGGAAAAAGCUGUCUCCAGGCAGGUACGUGGUAGUUGCCGACCAUGACAAAAACGGACCACAGGAGCUGACGGUCAAGAGCGGAGACUCAGUUCAGCUGGUGAGAGAGGGAGACGAUGGACGCUGGUUUGUACGUAAUCUGCGAUCCAAUAAGGAGGGCUGGGUCCCUGCUGCAAACCUGCUGACUCUCAUCGGAGAAUCCAAAUCUUCUCAAUCCCUCUCCAGCUCAGGCAGUGGGUCUGGAAACCUCAGCACAUCCUCCAGCUGCAGUGAAACCUACACAAGCUUCUCAGACAUCAAACCCUGAAGCUGCUGCUCCACCGCCUUGUGGCAGCUCAGACACAGUGCACUUUCUACUGAAGCUCCUCCAGUCUCUGUACUGUAUUUAACCUCGUCACCCGAGAAAGGAAUUGCCCUCUGCGGUCAAUAUACGCUAUUCAAGAUAUUUUAUAUAGAGUGUCACACUUUCUCAACCUUCUCUCCUUCAUAAGAGAGAGAAAAAAGGUCAUUCAGUGUCUGCUGUUCCCCCGUGGAAAUUCUUCGUCACUUUGAAAGUAUCAGCGUGAUGCUGUUUGUUUCACGUCUGCAUGAGUUUCCUCAAAGAUUAAAAAAGAAAAGGGCUCUUGGUCGAGUCGGCAUUAACAUCAGAGCAGCCUGCGGUUUUAAAAGUCUUUAUAACAAGGACUCUCGUUGGAUUUUAAUGUAUGACCACAUGAGCUUCCACUGGUUUUAUUGAUCUUGCGUUGAGAAUAUCAGUGUCUUUUUGAAAUGUCUGAUUUUUUUGGCGUCUAAAGCUCCUGUCUGAUUUGCUGUAGCAGCAAGACAAUGAAAUUAUGUUUUAUACGAUAAAGAUUCUUGAGGUUAUGCCUGCUGAAAAGUCCUGUUAUUCACUGUAUGUAUUAAUCUAAAACAGCUGUAUAGUUUAAAUUAUUUCCUGUAAAAGAUUUGUACAGAUAUUAACUUUUAUCUCAUGUUUUCCAUUAAAACAGUGUGUGUGUGUGUCUGUGUGUGUGUGUGUGUGUGUGUGUGUGUAUAUGUAUUUAUACAUACACACACACACACACACACACACAUAUUUUAUAUUAUGACCACUAUUGUUGUGUGUCAAUGAAAUGUAUUUCAUUGUAUUUUGUUGUAUUUGUCCAUCUAUUUGCACCAUUCAUGUAUAAUUAUUGCAAUUUUUCAAAUUGCGUUCACGUCAUUUAUUUUGUCACCACAGGUUGAUUUGAUUUCUUUCAAAAUGUCAUGUCUGGAAAGUGAUAAUUGGCAUGUUGUAACUAUCAUUCAGCUUUUGUAAGACUCAUUUUAAUGCUGAAUAAGUAUUUCCCACAGCUUAAAGUUCAUGAAUAUCUGUAUUCUUCAAAUCAGCUGAUUCAAUCAAGCCAUAAUGAUGACCACAGCCUUACUGUGCUUAAAUGUUCAUGUCCCCAUGUUGUCUUUUUAACAUGUUCAGUGAUACAAAAAUCAUUGUUCAUUUCUAUUUAAAUUUUAUGUGGCACAUUGCUGCAUGUUCGUUUUGCCUCUCAAUGUUUUCAUGUAUCAGACGCGUAUCUGUGUACAUGUGUAAAUAUGUAUCUAAGAGGAUGUAUGAGAUGAAUGAAUUUAAAAUGCUUAGGCUUAAAUAAACUUCACUGAAACAUUC